AUGGAGCUGAGACAAACCAGAGACAUGUCUAUCGCCCAGUACGAGGACGCUUUCAGUCGAUUGAUUCAAUACAUGCCUAUUUACGAAGGAGACGAAAGGAUCAAGGCUCAGAAGUUUUUGGGAGGACUAAGUCUGAAGCUUCAGAGGGCGUUAAGUAGUGCAAGUACCCAGACCUAUGCAGAAGCGGUACUGCAAGCCUAUAGCACCGAGGCUAACCUGAGCCGGAUUGACGCCAUCCAAGGAGAAAUUCAGCAGGGGAGCAGUCAUAGAGCCGGCAAGAAACUGGAGCCCCAGAAGCCGAAAUUCAAGCUUGGUACCCCAUGCGUAAAAUGCCAGAAGCAGCACCCUGGAAGGCCGUGCUGGCUCGGGACAAAGGGGUGUUAUAAUUGUGGAGAAAUAGGGCAUCUCAACCAGAACUACCCAAAGAAAGGAAUUACAUGUUUCAACUGCCAGCAGACGGGCCAUUUCGUAAAGGACUGUCCCAAGCUGCGACUGAUAAGUCAACCCCAAGGGACGUUCGGGAAUGCCAGAGCACAUCAAGGAAGAGUGUUUCAUCUAACACGACAGGAUGCGACAGAGGAUCCAACAGUAAUUGAAGGUACUAUGUUUCUAUCUGGUAUCCCCAUGCAUGCAUUAAUAGAUUCAGGUGCAAGUCACUCAUUCAUUUCGCAUGCAUUUGCUAAAAUAGUAGGGGACAAACCAAAAAAUUUGAAUUGUCGAAUGAUUGUCGCAACCCCAAUGGGGAAGUCUCUAGAAACUUCAUCAGGGUACAAAGAUAGAAAGAUUCAAAUAGGAGAAGUUGAGUUCCCAGUGGAUCUAAUUCUUCUAGAAUUUUAA